GGUGGCGGCGGGCGGCGGCGGCGGCGGCGGCGAGGUGACCGCGGCGGGUGGCCUCUACUCCGAGCGCGUGGAGCGGGCGCGGAGCACCUGGGCGAGGGGGCUGCCGGGGGUCCUCUUCGUGGCCGCCGAGGCGAAUGCGAGCCUCGGGGUGGAGCCCGUGGCGUGCGGGGACGACCACCUGAGGGGCAUGUGCUGCAAGACGGUCGCGGCCAUCCGGAUGGCCCUCGAGCGGUUCCCGUCGGCCCGGUGGCUCGUCCGCGCAGUGGACGACACGUUCGUGUUCGUGCGGAACCUCGAGAGGGAGCUCGAGGCGUACAACCCGGCCGCCCUGCUCUACCUCGGCGCCGCCUCCGUGUCGCUGCUGUGCCACUUCCGCCUGCACGCCGCCUCCUGCGCCGAGGCGCAUGCCGGCGGCGGCGCGGGAGUGGUGCUGACCGUCCGCUGGCCGAGCUGCUGGUGCGUCACGCCCGGGCGUUCCUGGCGAACUGCUCGCACGACGACGUCCACCUCGGGCACUUCCUGAGGCACGCCUUCGACGUCCACGUGACCGACCUGCCCGGCGCCCUGCAGGAGCCGCGCGUCGAGCGCCUCCUCGGCGUCGGGCGCUCCGGGGAGGUCGGUUCCCCCGCCCUUGCGCUCCAGUCUACUCGCGCAUCGAGGACUGGGGGCAGCUGCACCCACUGGCGCCCAUGGACGCCUCGCGGCUGGUGCUGGUGCACUCGGACCCCGCCGCGUGGCCCCACUAGCCGAGCUCCCGGCGUUGGCGUCGUCUCUGCCCUCCGGGGUCGGCCUCAUGGCGUUUGCGGACCACCUGGAUGAGGGCGGCGGAGCUGCGCGCGGCCGCAGGGUUCAGGAGGCCCGCACUUCGAGGGGCGCCCUGGCCGCC